AUGUUUUCUGCGCCACCACCACCAGCGGAACAUGAUUACAUAGGCGGCUUAUCGUCCCCUCCGCCGCCGCCGUUAAUGGAGCCAGCUCGUGCAAAACUCGCCUCUCCUUCCUCUUCUUCCUCCUCCUCCUCCUCCUCCUCCUCUGAAAGGGAUGACAACAGAAGAAGCAACAGCAUCAAGGAAACUCAGCUCAGACUUGGCUUGCCGGGCUCGCUAUCCCCUGAGAGAAAACAACAAAAUCAAUCUCCUUGUUCAAGAUAUUAA